GGUUUCACGCUAGCAGCGGUGGCCACGUUUACUGAGCCUCAGUGGGCCUCGCCGUGGCAAGGCCUCCCACCUCCUGCUUCUCUCCCUUACCCGGCCCCGCCCUCCACGUGUUCGAGGCUGGGGCUUCCUAGCACCUGUGGGCAUUGAGGCUGGCCUGUUACCAGGAGCCAAGGUCCUUACCCUGGAUGGGAACCCUGUUCCUGUCACCAGCGGCGGAAGCUUCUGGUGAGAGAGAGGAGCAGAGGCAGUCAGAUGAUGGCAAAACGGACUCAGAUCUUAGAAAACAGCUUCCCAAGCAAGAGUGAGAGUGGUUCGUUUGGAGGCCUUUCCUGCCGGUCCUGCAAGAGGAAUGUGGCUUUCUAACUAGCGAAGGGUGGGCUCCCGUCAGCUCUGAGACCUUUCAGAUUUAGUAACUGGUUGCAUUGAUGUCAACCUUUAAAGGUUUUACUUGGAACAAAAAGCUAAAAAAGACAAUUUCGCAAGUGUUUGUGUGCCAACUGCCCUGCUUAAUGAAGGAACACUAGUUGAGACUUCCUGGAUAUUCUCUUCUUCAAACUUCGCCCGGGUCCCUUGCCACCACGUUGGACUAGUUUUAUAGGCACAUGGAAACGCACAGCUUAGAGGCUGGGCGUUCGGUGGCAUUUGUUCUGGUUAGUCUCAAAUAGAUGGGAGGGAGCCUGAUACCUGCCCCUCUGGUCCGGUCUCGAUUGGGCGUGACCAGCUUUUGGCAGGUCUCCCCGCCCUUGUAGUGGGUACUCGUGUCAGCAUCUACUGACCUCUUCGUCCGAAGGGGCCGUCCUGCCUGUUACCGGUACCGCACCCUGAUCUCAAAGGUAACGUCUGGGAAUGUGGUUAAUUUCUAGACCAAGUACACACUGAUUGAUGAAGAGGACAUCCCGCUGGUGGAGGGCUACUCCUUUGAGGCCCGGAUGGAAGUGGACGCAGAUGGAAAUGGCGCUAAGAUAUUUGCGUGUGCCUUUGACAAAAACCGAGGAAGGGGGUCCGGAAGGCUCCUUCAUGAGCUGCUCUGGGAGCGGCACCGGGGAGGCGUGGCUCCCGGCUUUCAGGUGGUGCAUCUCAACGCCGUGACUGUGGACAACCGUCUGGACAACUUGCAGCUGGUGCCGUGGGGCUGGCGGCCCAAAGCCGAAGAGACCCCCAGCAAACAGAGGGAGCAAAGCUUGUACUGGCUCGCGAUCCAGCAGCUCCCCGCGGACCCCAUGGAGGAGCAGUUCCCCGUCCUGAACGUCACCCGGUACUACAAUGCCAACGGGGACGUAGUGGAGGAGGAGGAGAGCUCCUGCACCUACUACGAGUGCCACUACCCGCCCUGCACAGUGAUCGAGAGGCAGCUCCGGGAGUUCAACAUCUGUGGGCGCUGCCAAGUUGCACGCUACUGCGGCUCCCAGUGCCAGCAGAAGGACUGGCCCGCCCACAAGAGGCACUGUCGGGAGAAGAGGCGCCCCUGCCAGCACGAGCUGGAGCCCGAGCGAUGACGGCCCUUCUGGCCCCGUGGACAGAUGGGAGGGUGGAGCCGGUGGUGCGGUGGCCACCAGCCACGGCCCCAAAACGGGGACCACGUGCACACUGCGCUCCCUUGGAGCAGAGACAGCCGGGGAGGCCACCAGGAUGCUUCCCGUUAUUUAUAUGUUAAUAUGUUUGUAAACUCAUGUACAGUUUUUUGGGGGGAAGGGGGAGGGUUAGAAAUUGCAAAUAGAAUCAUUUGCUGUCAUCUUCAAAUGGCAGACGUCAGGC